AUGGUGGACAAAACCCAAAAACCUGAAGGUGUCCAACUGAAGAGGCAAAUUGGGUUGGUUGGUGGUGUAGCAAUAGUUUCUGGAACCAUGAUUGGAUCUGGUAUCUUCAUGUCCCCACAGUUUGUCCUGGGCUAUGUGGGAAGCCCUGGGGCCAGUAUGUUAAUCUGGGCUCUGUCAGGAGUUCUAUCUUUGUUUGCAGCUCUUUCCUACAUUGAAGUUGGGACCAUCAUUCCUGAAUCUGGUGGGGAAUUUAUUUACAUCCUGAGGAUCUAUGGUUCCUUCCCUGCCUUCUUUGCAGCAAUCACUUUUAUCUUGCUUCUGAAACCUUCCAGCAUUGCAGCGAUGUCAAUCAGCAUUGCACAGUAUGCCAUGGCUCCAUUUUAUCCAGGCUGCACACCUCCUCAGCUGGCUGUGAAGUGUGUCGCAGCUUUUUGUAUUCUGAUUGUUGCCAUCACCAACGCCCUGAAUGUCCGAGUUGCUCUCAGAGUCCAAGUGGUCUUCUUGGUGGCCAAAGUGAUUUCACUGACUUUCAUUGUAAUUGGAGGACUAGUGGAAGUCAUAAGGAGCAGCACUGUGUUUGAGGAAAAUUUUAAAGUUGAGAAUGCUUUUAAAGACACUCAGUAUUCUUUGAGCACUCUAGGAAUGGCUGUCUUUCAAAGUCUCUGGUCUUACUCAGGCUGGUACAACUUAAACUAUGUCACUGAGGAGCUGAACAGACCAGAGGUGAAUCUUCCCAGGGCGGUGCUGAUAGCCAUUUCUCUGGUGACUACUCUGUACCUGCUGGUGAAUGUGAGCUAUCUGACGGUAAUGACACCUAAAGAGCUUGUGGCCUCAAGUGCAGUAGCAGUUACCUGGGGGAAUAAGGUGCUGGGCAGCUGGGGGUGGAUCAUGUCUGUGGCUGCAGCCUUGUCAGCUUUUGGUUCUCUAAAUGGGACGUUCUUCAGCGCCGGCCGUGUGUGCUUUGUUGCUGCCAGGGAGGGACACAUGCCAGAUAUUCUGUCCAUGGCCCACGUCCACAGACUGACUCCAUCUCCAGCGCUGAUCUUCACCACGGUGAUCUCUCUGGUGGUGCUGAUUCCUGGAGACUUUCGGAGUAUUAUCAGUUACUCCAGUUUCACUGCCUGGAUUUUCUACGGCAUCGUCCUGUCUGGGCUCAUCUAUCUCAAAAUCAAGAAGCCGGACCUUCCCAGGCCAUACAAGGUUCCCAUUAUACUUCCUAUACUGGUCCUCAUUGCAGCGAUAUUCCUUGUGCUGGCACCCAUCAUAGACAAUCCUCAAAUUGAGUACCUCUAUGUGGCUUCAUUUAUCUUGAGUUGUGUUGUAGUCUACAUACCCUUCAUCCAUUAUAAGCUCUGCCCAGGUGUGCUGGACAGGUUAACAGCAUUCCUGCAGCUCUUCUUAGAAGUCGCCCCGGCAGAAAAAAACCUGUAAUUUCUACUGAACACUCACAGAUAGCAUCUCUAUGAUUCAGAUAACAAAAACAUAUAAAAUAAGCCUGGCUGCAUGGUUUUGCUUUACAUUUUAUUAAACAUGAAUAUAUGUGAUAACAUUUUAUGCACAGGUGCUAAAAUGUUUUACUUGCACUUUAAAGUUGUAAAUGUACUUGCUCAUUAUUAAAGAUUGGUAAACACAAGAAAUCAUUAUUUUAGAGCU